CUAGUGGCGAAGUUCUUUUACCUUCCAUUUUUAGACGUGUGAGAUUUUUGGUGAAAAUCCACUUGGAAAAAUGGCCAAGUCCAAGACAGAAAAGCGAACCAAGUCUGCCAUCAAUGAGGUGGUGACUCGUGAAUGCACAAUUCACUUAUCUAAGAGAAUCCACAACAUUGGCUUCAAGAAGCGCGCCCCACGCGCCAUCAAGGAAAUCCGGAAGUUUGCUGAGCACGAAAUGGGCACGAAAGACGUGCGUAUUGACACCAGACUCAACAAACACAUCUGGUCCAAGGGAAUCAGGAGUGUUCCGGUACGUGUCCGUGUCCGCCUUGCGCGUCGACGCAACGAUGAUGAGGACUCACCUAAUAAGCUGUACACCCUCGUAACCUACGUUCCAGUGCCCACAUUCAAGGGCCUCCAAACGGAAAAUGUGGAAUCUAGCGAUGAUUAGAGUGUACGGAAAUAUACACUAUGAAAUUGCA